GCCAUCCAGGCGCCCCUUGGUGUUACUCUUACAUAACAAUGACCUAUUUAAAGGUUGUUUGUAUAAAAAGUCAUUCUGCUCUACCAAAAUUUCCUGAGAUUAAUGGAAAAGGAUAAUGUAAAACCCUCAGUGGGGCGUGUGGGAGAUGGCAAACAGAUUAAUGGCAUCUGACAGUUUAUCUUCAAAUCAAAAAUGAUUAGCCUUGCGAAAUGGAAACACAUGGUGUAACUCUGCAUUGCCUGUAUGAACCGUGCUGUGCUGCAGGCACUGACCUAAUGUAUUGAUUUUGGAAAUCCUAUAUGCUUUUUCUUGCCAGAGUAAUUAUUGAAAUUGAGAGUAUUCAUUGGAUCAAUUUCAAGACAAAAUUAUCUUGACUGGCUGCUGCUGAGCAAAUUUUUAAUGAAGGAAAACAUCCAUAUAUUGAAAUAAGACUUUAAAAAGAAAGUCCUUAAGAUAAAUAUAUAUUUACUGUAAAAUCUAGAAAAAUGUGUGUUUCAAACAUUGAUAAGUUGAAUAAUCCCCAUAAUGGAGUUAUUGACCCAUACACAACUGUUGUAUAUGUUAAUUUAUUCUGUGAGCAAUAAACUGUGCUGUGGGUACAAAGAUAACUCAUAGUCUAGGCAGGACUAACAACUUAAAACAAUGUGACCAGCAUUAUAAUAGAGGGAUGUGACCUGUAUAUGAUGACAAGAGAGGAGUGACAAUAGAAAGGGCAUGGAAAGGGGGAGUGGAGUACUGUUUCUGGAGGAGAGACUUGAGUUGAUUCUUGAAGGCUGAAGAGGAAUUUGGGAGAUGAUUAAAGAAAGAAGGAGAAUUUUUAUUCAUCUCAUUUAUUUAGGGAAUAUUUUUUUGCUUGCAUUAUAAGUGGAUGUACUUUCAUCUAGUAAAGCUCUUGUUACCGAGUUUUGAUUCCUUACAAACUUAUCUUUCUGUUUAGGAACAUUAGUUAGAUGCCAAAGUUGCCUUGAUUCAAAACAGGGAACUUAGAAGGUAGAAGGUUUUUAGUAAAGAUUCUCAGAUCACACAGAUUAAGGAUGUUACUCAGACUUUCUAGUAUAUUAGAUCAACAUAAAGUAGAGAAUUCCCUCAUGAACCUUAAAAAAAUUUAACAGGUUACCAUAUGACUGACACUGUGCUGGAUUCUGAGGAAACUAAGACUAAGCCAUUGCCUCUUCUCUGGGAGGAUCAUUGGCUGGGAUGAGGGAUGAGAAUUGGUGGGGCGAGAUCUGUAAAUAGAUACAUGAGAAAACAAGAUGAAUAAAAGGCUGUGGAGCUUUGCAGAUGGAACAGUUGACUGCCUGGGAAGAUGUGUCCUAGAAGAGGGAGUCACAAAUCACAUUGAGCCAAAAAACAUCCAGUGUUUUCUGCAGUUACAAACAAAAUGAAUAUUCCCAUGCUACUGCAACAUUCUCACAAGCGUUUCCUAAAAGGCCUUUUAAGAACACCUUUCCGUCGUUACCACUUCAUCUUUCACUCAAGUACUCAUCUCGGAUCAGGAAUCCCUUGUGCUCGACCAUUCAAUUCUCUUGGACUCCAUUGUACAAAAUGGAUGCUGCUGUCAAACGGUUUAAAGAGAAAAUUAUGUGUACAAACAACCUUAAAGGAACACUCAGAAGAACUUUCUGAUAAAGAACAGAGAUUUGUGGAUAAAAUUUAUACUGGUUUAAUCCAAGGGCACAGGGCCUGCUUAGCAGAGGCCAUAACUCUUGUAGAAUCCACCCACAAGAGGAAAAAAGAGUUAGCCCAGGUGCUUCUUCAGAAAGUAUUAGUCUACCACAGAGAGCAAGAACAAAUAAAUAAAGGAAAACCACUAGCAUUUCGAGUGGGAUUGUCUGGGCCCCCUGGUGCUGGAAAAUCAACCUUUAUAGAGUAUUUUGGAAAAAUGCUUACUGAGAGAGGGCACAAAUUAUCUGUGCUAGCUGUGGACCCUUCUUCUUGUACCAGCGGUGGGUCACUCUUAGGUGACAAAACCCGAAUGAUAGAGUUAUCAAGAGAUAUGAAUGCAUACAUCAGGCCUUCUCCUACCAGCGGUACUUUAGGAGGUGUGACAAGGACCACAAAUGAAGCUAUUCUGUUGUGUGAAGGAGGGGGAUAUGACAUCAUUCUUGUUGAAACCGUAGGUGUGGGCCAGGCGGAGUUUGCCGUUGCGGAUAUGGUCGACAUGUUGGUUUUACUGUUGCCACCAGCAGGAGGAGAUGAAUUGCAGGGUAUCAAAAGAGGUAUAAUUGAGGUGGCAGACCUGGUGGCUAUAACGAAAUCUGACGGAGACUUGAUCGUGCCAGCUCGAAGGAUGCAGGCAGAGUAUAUGAGCGCCCUGAAGUUACUCCGCAAACGCUCACAAGUCUGGAGACCAAAGGUAGUUCGUAUCUCCGCCAGAAGCGGAGAGGGCAUCACUGAAAUGUGGGAUAAAAUGAAAGAGUUCCGGGACCUCAUGCUCGCCAGCGGGGAGCUGACGGCCAAGCGGCAGAGGCAGCUGAAGGUUUGGAUGUGGAAUCUCAUUCAGGAAGGCGUGUUAGAACAUUUCAGGACCCAUCCCACCAUCCGGGAACAGAUUCCUGUUCUGGAAAAAAAGGUUCUCAGUGGGGCCCUGUCGCCAGGACUAGCAACAGAUGUGUUGUUGAAAACUUUUAAAAGCAGAGACUAAGGAAAUGUAUCCUAUACAAUGACUUUGUAUAUAAUUUCAUAAAGUAUUUUAAUAUUAAAAAUCACUUGAAUGCUUACAUUUUCAGUAAUUCUUUUGUGGUGCCCUUGGCCUUGUUUGUGAACCGUGCUUGAAAAGUCGAAGAAUGUUAGAUAUGACUGGCGAAGGUCAGGCCCGUGGUGGUAUUUAUAAGGUACCUGUUACAUGUUACUGAUUUCCACUUCUUUCAGUUCUUACAUCCUGGCAUGGUAGCUGGUAGGAUAGUUCCUUCUCGUCAGUCACAAGCAGAGAAAGCUGAAGAGAACAGAAAAAGCUCAUGUACCUUGAAAUGUUUUCUUUGAUUCUGUAUGCUCUGAGUUUCCAGAGAAAAUGUAAGCAAGAGGGGCCACAUUUCUGAAUUCUUACUGCAGGCCAGAAUCAUACACAAUGGGUUUCUAAGAGCUGAAAAUCAUGACUGAUAUUUAGUGUAGUAGACAAUGCUAGGAAUUUCUGACAUGGCCACGUACAUGAGUAACAAAACAAGUGGCAUGGGCAGUGAUGUGAAUACAGUUAGAGUCUACUUGUCUAGACUUGUGGACCCCCCCCACCCCGCCCCGUGAUAGGUAGGAGAGCCCAAAGGGAACUGGGGGAAAUCAGCGGCAAAUAGUGUGGCCCAUUAAUCCCCAAGAGUUGGAGUACACCCUCAAAAGACCCAAGUGAGGUCACCAUGAUUCAAGGGUUAUUCAGUUUGAAUAUUAUCAAAGGCUUUUGCCUCUCCUCCUCCUUGGUCAUUUGACUUCAUAUUAGCAUCUUAAAGAUCUACCUUACUCCUGAAGAGGAGGAACAAGUUUUGUUCUCCAGAGGAAGCAUGUCACAAGGGUUGGGCUCUGGGGUUGAACUGUGUGGGUUUAAACUUUAAACAUAGAUCAGUCAAGUCACUCGUUAGCUGUUUAAGUUUGGACAAAUAACCUACCUCUAAGUUUCACUUUCUUCCCUGCUAAAAGGGAAUUGACGCAUUAACUUUAUGGGGUUGGUGAGGAUAAAUGAGAUAACUCAGGAGAAUCAUUUUGCUACCGUGAUGGUACAUACAAAAUACCCAGAGGCUGCUUGCUGUUAUUAUUAUGUUACUUCUAAAUCCCUGAAGCUGUACAAGUCUUAUAUGUACGUUGAAUGUUCUCUCAUGGUCUUAUUACUACCAUCAUGCUCUUGUGAUAUUUUAUGAUUGUCUUUAAAGUAUCUGCUGUAGUUAAUUCUUUGAAUAUAAUUUAUACUGUUUGAUGCAAGUUAUAAGUAUGUACAUUUGAAUGAAAUUAUUUCUAACCAUAAAAUUUCUUC